GUUUGAAAUGGGUUGAAGGCAGAUCCGCACUGGAGGUUAUUUUUUGUUACGAUUUAAGUUUAUGAGUUGUGGGCCCGAUUCGGAGGGAGGGGGCAGGAGAGGGGAACGUCUCAGGAGGGGAGUUUUCCGGACCGGAGAUUUUUAAAAUUUUAGUUCAAUUUUGGACGAGUGUCGCCGAGGGUGUGCUCGGGACCGUACAGUGUGUGAAGGGUUGACAGUGGACAGUGGUAGACGGUGUGACUCGACUGUGUGCAGUUUUGGGUUCGGGUUCAGGCGCUGCUGAGAGGUGAGGGGAGAGCAAGGGAGGAGAUAGGGUAAGGAUGAACGCCUAAUCGAUCGCUGCAAGACACAGAUGCACUGAGCCCACCUUCUGUACAGAUUUCUCAUGGUCAACAUGGCGGAAGCUGAGCCGGCAGCGAUGUUCCUGACUGCCUCCCAACAUCGCCUGCAGAGCUUGGACAUGAUGUCUGACAUGGACUCGGAACCGGACGAGGCGCCAUCGAUGUUGAUGAUGCGCAGUUUCCACCAGCAGGUGGGAGAACUCAAGAGAAACAAGAGGAAGAACUUCCAACCACGCAACAUCUCCUACUCGGACGAUUCCGACAUCUUCCGGAGGAACGCUCACGAGAGCAGCGGCGAUUCUGGAGACGAAGGUUCAGAAGCGUUGGACUUGAGCAACAGUGAAACAGUUCCUAGCGGUAACAAGAGGUUCAGAAAGACUCUGUUGAACGUGCCUCCGGCAAAAAGAUUCGAGGGAUCUCCGAUGGAGAGGUCGGCGCCGGAAGCCCAAGCUCCGGUCCCGAUGGAUCUUAGUUGUUCCAAGACCGCCUCCAAUGACUACCCUGACGAGUCGGUUCACAGUGAAACGGAGUCGAACUCUGAAGACAGUGAAAGGACGGAAAGUAGUUCUAAACGUGAAUUCCAGAGGUUUGACAGUGUGAAUACUUCGGAGCAGCCGUCACCUCACCAGUACCUCCUACAUCAUGCCUUCCUCAACCAACCCCAGGACGCGUCUGAUCUCAAAGAGUACGCGCAGAACACCGUGAAGGAGCUCUUGGAGAUCUACGGCCUCAACAGUGCCGAGGUCGCCGAGUCCAUCACCAACAACGUCCCCAUCUCUAAUUUCAGCUCAGGAAAGAUUCUGGAGUCGUUGUCGGCGCGGGCGAUGGGAAUGGGUCUGCGUGCCCCCCUGGCAGCACCUACCAGCCCAGGCUCACAGCCCCCCACACCCCCCAGAACCCCCCUAUCCCCCCACAAGGCCACCUCUAGUCCCGUCCCUACCAACCGGCCCUCUGUCCCCAAAGUCCCCUCAGUGGAGAGCAUGGCUGCCAAGUUCGCCAACCUCGCCUCCAACAACAAUACCAGGAUGUCACUGCCCCAGAACAUGGCCACUAUCCUGGCUCUGGCGGCUAUGCAGGAUCGCAAUGCUGGCCCCAAGACCUCGUUCAGCAGCACCUCGCCACCCUCUACUUCCAACAUCACCUCAUGUGUUUAUAUUGGUAAAGAGGCCCCCAGCUCCACCAGCCGCGACCCCUCCAAGGUCUCUGCCCCUGUGGACUACUCGCGGUAUGUCCGUCGCUUCGCCAGCGCCCUCGAGUGCAAUUCCUCCUACUGCAAAGAUCUCAACUAUAGGGAACACUUCCACUGCCUGGACUGCAACUCCCGGGUGUUUGUCAAGAAGGAAGAGAUGAUUCGUCACUUCAAGUGGCACAAGAAGCGAGAUGAGUCCCUGCAGCACGGGUUCAUGCGCUAUUCUCCCAGCGAUGACUGUAGCGACAGGUACCACAACUGCAGCCACAAUCGCAAGCAGACUCACUACCACUGCAUACAGGGCACUUGUGACAAAGUGUACAUCAGUACUUCAGAUGUCCAAAUGCACGCCAACUACCACCGCAAAGACUCUGCAAUCAUCCAGGAAGGAUUUCAGCGCCUCAGGGCCACGGAGGAGUGCAGGACACCCUACUGUGCCUUCUUCGGCCAGAGGACCACUCACUUCCACUGUCGAAGGGACCACUGUCAGUUCACCUUCAAGAACAAGGCUGACAUGGAGAAACACAAGACAUACCAUAUCAAGGACGAGCAGCUGGCACGAGACGGUUUCAAGAAGUUCCUAAAGCCCGACGUGUGUGGGUUCCCCAACUGUCGGUUCUCUCAAGUCUGCAACCACAUUCACUGUGUCCGCGACGGCUGUUCCUACGUGCUGCACUCUAGUGGGCAGCUGCUCAGCCACAAGCGCAAGCAUGAACGCAAGGACAGUGAGAUCGCCUACCGCAAGUUCAAGCUAGCUCAGCAAGCAGUGGUGAACCUCGCUAAUAAUGAGCAUUUGUCACCCCAUGGGGACUCGCCAACUAGUUCCCUGCAACUGCUGCAACAAGCAUCUUCUCUGGCAGCUCUCUCUGCCUUGCAUGACAGCAACUUCAGCAACAGCUCCAGUGAGGGGCGAGCGUCCCCUCAGCGGCUGCAGCGGACCCCCCAACCCCCACUGACCCCCCAGGCACCCCUCCAGUUCAAGCUGGGAUCUGCCACUCCACCCGGCUAUCGUGGCGACUCUCCCGCUUCUGCCCUGGACCUGAGCAGCGAGGAAGGCAGUGAGUCCUGGGCUCACUACGGAACCAACAUGAUCUGUCCUGCUGGCCCUAAAUGUGGCCUGUACCAGACUGACCAUUAUCACUGCAAAGAACCCAACUGUGAUAUGCCUUUUAGAUGUCGAGACAGUGCCGAGGGCCAUGCCAAAGUUCACGAGAUGCAGGAGCGUGUCAGCGACAACUUCUAUCAGGACAACGCAGGACUUUGCCAGGAGAACUGUCCUCGGGAACGUCACUAUCAUUGCACCUGGGAGGGCUGCAAUGACACUGUUUUACCAAAUGAUCGUUUUGAACAUUUCCGCAACCAUGAAGUCACUGCUAUUCAGAACAAUUCCUUGGAUGCUCUGUUUCGAAGAAAAAGGGGACGUCCACCCAAGAAUAGAGUCAUCGAGGUUUGGAAUGAUUAUGCUGGAGGAGUAGGAUCGGACUCACCGCAAGCCAUCUUCACGAGUUUCAAGCUGCCUAAGCCAGCACCUAUGGGAGGACCUCCCACCCAGCUGCCAGAGAGCAUGAACUCUCGAACACCCUCUCCACCGUCUCGACCAUCUCUUCAGAUGUUGGAAAUGCAUGGUUUCCAAGCAUAUAAAGAUGCCUGCCCAGACCCGCUCUGCCUCUUCUCUGCCAAGCCCAUGCACUUCCAUUGUAGCCGACAGCGGUGUUUCUUCGCAACUGACAACGAAGAACAGCUUCUCGCCCAUUCCAAGGACUUCCAUGACAACAUCGAGAUUCUUGACGGGUUUCUGUUCUUCGACAGGAGCGUUGAUUGCCGCCUGGACAGCUGUGUCAGUAACAAAGUGAACCGUCACUUCCAUUGCGUGCGGCCGGGCUGUGGCUACUCUUUUGUACGGUACUCAAGCAUGUCCCUCCACCAGGCCAAGCAUCUGGCGGAGAACUCUGGUGGCAUGACGUGUGCCGGAGACACCACCCUCGAUCUCAGUUCGUCUGAUAACCGUGAUCACCUGGAGCGAGAACAGUCCCCGAUGAAGGGGUCUCCCCAGACCACCCCAACCCCAGGACAAUCCACCCCCUCCCCAAUCACUGCCACCAAUAACCAACAGCUGCCAGAGAAUGGCUCGAGCUCUAGGACCACAGUGGUGAAGGCUUCGGGCACUUUCUACCCUCUCUGUGGCUUAACCAAUGCUAGGAGCUCCUCCCCCAAUACAGACGUGGCAGUGAAGUCUGAGCCAAUGGCUGUGGAACAGCAGCAGCAGCAGCAGCAUGUGCUUCCUGAAUGGAUGAGCGUUGAACGUCACGAACGUUAUGGACCUGAAGUCUCCUGCAGCCGACCGUUCUGCAAACUCAAACGGAAGGAGCACUACCACUGCAAUGCCUGCAAUCAGGCAUUCUCAGAGCUCGAGAGGUUGAGACCCCACAUUGCUAAACACAGCCCCAGCGCCAUUCCUCCCAUCAUGGUCAAGCAGGAGCACAAUAACAAUGAGGAGAGCGAUGAACACCCACAUCCUGCGCUGAGUAUGCUGCCUAUGAACCUGGAAAGUGGGGAGUUACUGCCACCUCCUCCACCCCCUCACUACCCUGGCUUUGGAGCAGCAAUGGCAGCAGCAGUGGCAGCUAACCAGCAGCUGGCAAUGAUGACUUCUCAAGGUAUCCCCUUCCUGCCCCACGCCAUGCCUGCUCUCUACACGUCCCCCUCAGGGCUGAUGUUUGCAGCUCCACCCGGCUUCAACCCCCACCACGCGGCUCUCAUGAGCAACGGCCUGCUGGAGUCUGCAAGAGCGUCCAUGCUUGGUGCAGGGGAUCAUAGCACUGGCGACUCGCUAUUAGCAAGGAGCUUGCCGUCGCCUCACAGAGCCAUCAGCCCUGAGGCCAAGAAAGCGAGAGUCCAGACAUCUAUGAGGAUCCUUAAAGACGAACCUGUUCCUGAAGGAUACGUUCGUUUCCGUUUCAAUGAGGAUUGCCGUUACAAUCACUGUGGCUAUCGGGAGCAUCAGACCCACUUCCACUGUAUGCGCCAAGACUGCGGCUACAGCUUCUGCGACAAAACUCGCUUUGUGCAGCAUACUGCUCGACAUGAGAGGUUGGACACUCUAAUGGGAGGUGACUUCCAACAGUACCGAGCGAACGUGUCAUGUGGCAGACCUGAGUGCGUAUACACAGCCACGCUUGGUACAGUCCAAAAUAAGGCAUCGCACUUCCACUGCCUCAAGUGCGACUUCGUGUGCACGGACACAAACAAGGUGGUUGCACAUCGCAGACACCAUCAGAAGCUGGACUCCAUCAUGGCUGCCGGUUUUGAGAAGUUCACACCCACACAGCCAUGCAGCGCUGCAGACACCUGCAUUCACAGCAAGAAACAGACGCACUACCACUGCCUGAGCUGUCAGUAUGCGGUGCUCGGUUUGAGUCAGAUGACUGCGCACAAGUAUCGCCAUCUCGAGUGACAGACCACCGCUCACUAUCGACUGGACUGCGCCAAGUUCCCAGUGGCGUAGUGGGGUCGGCAGUGCGCGCACGCUUCACGGACAUUCUUUGGGAUGGGAAUAUAUGUGAAAACAGUUUAUUUCUUAUCAAAUAUAGUUCACGAACAAACCCAUAAGUACCAAAAGACAAUUUCAAGAAGAAACGAAUUCGAUGUACAGCUUUAAGUAUAUACUUAUAGAACCUUCGUUGUGUAGAUACGUAUUAGUGACUGUAUAAACGAGAAUAAGAAUGCUACUUAAGUAUUCCGUGUAUGAAUUUUAUUAAGUUUAGUAUCUUUAACUGGAGCAGCAUUAUAUUUAAAAGUGUAGAUUUUACGUUCUGAGACUGCUGAAUUUAUUCACAAACACAGUUUUAAAAUUUUUGGGUUUCAUUUAUAUUAAUUGAAAAAAAUAACAAUUUUUAUUGUUAUUUGUUACAAUUUAAUGUACAUUAUAGAAAUAUAUAGUUGUUAUAUAAAUAUAAGUAAGGAGAACUGUUCUUAAACAGCUUUUCUUUAAUGUGCUCCAGAAAAAAGAAUUAAAGAGGUUUUCCUAUAUUACUGAAGUAUAAAGUAAACUUAAGUACUCAUCAGUGUAUACCUAUAACUUUGUAUCUCAAUGGUUGAAAUAGUUAAAGAUCAACGACUGUUGUUUAUAUCCAGUAAAGUAGCUCAUCACAUAAGUAUACACUAUUAUAAAAGCCAAAUAUCUUUUUUGUAAAUACUUAGAAUGUACAUAGUUUUUUUUACUGUAUUUAUAGAAACUAAGUUUUGUAAAUUACUUUGUAUAUUGUAGGUUUGGAAUAUCAAGAAGUCGUUAGUGUUUCAAGGACACACUUUAAAAACCUGGACAAAGCUUUAUAGAGAAACCGAUCACUUGGAAUUCACGAGUCGUCGUUUUGCCGAUAUUUGUACUGUACUUACAUCGUACAACGCACGUGACAUUCAAUAUCACUGUUAGAAUAACGUUAUAAAAGACAUUUCUACAUAUUACUGAUCAUGUAAAGGCUGUUUAGUUUUAGUCUCGUUGUGAUAUAUUAUUUAUUUUGUUCAUCUAAAGUGUGAAGGCCUGUUCGUAGAGUAAUGUAAGACCAGUCGCUUGUUACUCAGAGUUGCCUGAGGCUCAAAGAUUUACUAUGGCCACGAUUGUUCAGAGUGAUUUGAGAAUUUAUAUUUAUUUUCUUGUAGACAUAGAGUAAUUUUGUUACAUAAAUUUCCAAUAUUUAUAUUUUAAUAGGUUAGACGUUUCUUGUAGUUUACACUAUUCCAAACUAAAAUCUAGUGCCUUGCAAAGGUUUAUCAAAAAUGUGGCCAUAUUUGUAAUGCAACAUUAUUGUUUUAUUGUAUAGUCUAGAUGAUGUAUACCGAGUCACUUUCCAUACUCUACACAUAUUUUGGUAGGACUGUUGACAGAUGCCAUUCGAGAGUUUCAGGUUUAUUUAGGAUUUGCGUGUGAUGUGACUGUGUACGUAUUAUGUGAGUAUUCAUUGAGGAUAUAUUUAUUAAUCAUGAAUCUAGCAGAUAUUAGUUCUGUACUAUGUUUUAAGUAAAAAUUUACCUGUAAAUUUACCCAAAAAUAAAAUGAUUUAUUAUACA